GUAGUUACCUAGCAGAGUUAGUGCGUGAUAGCGUGUCGCGUGAAUCGCCGGUUUUGACGUAAACAACCUAAUUGCGUGCCACCGAGGCACCAUGCGGCCGCUGCUUCCAUAUGCCAGCUAAGUUCUCAUAGGCAUAACAUUAUAAUUAGUGAAAAACCAUCGCUUGACCUCAUAGUGAACUGUUCUGAGUGAUACAGAAAAAAAAUUGUGAUUUAUUUCUUGUGGUUUAAUAGUUAAAGUGACUAAUGUUUAUUCAUCAUUGAUCUAGUUGGAAGUGUUUAAAAUGGAUAAAAGACUAGAUCUCUUAUCACUGUUGGAGACGGACACAUGGGCGGCGUCCGACGACCUUCUGGAGAACAUCUUCUCCCUGGAGCAGGGGUCACUGAACUUCCUGGAGGAGUCGAUGCCUGACUUCAGUCUGUGUCCGGAGACGAUCGCGCCCCCCUCACAUGCCCCGAGCAGCUCCAGUUCUGACAGCGGCUUGUCCAGUGAUCCGGCUGAGUUCGACUUCGAGCAACAGCUGUCACCGUUUCUGAUUCAAAACUCGUGCGAUGAGGAGGUCACAGCUGGGCUGGAGCCCACCAGCCCUGAGACUCAGGAGGUGGUCAUUCAGGAGUCCGACUCCAAUGGCGCUGUGGAGUUUGACAUGCAGGACUUCGAAGAGAACGUCGUCCCUGGCUUCAUUAAUAACAAUACAUUCCAAAAUCCUGGAAAGGGCGGGCGCAAGCGCCGUCUUUCCCAAACCCCACAAGUGGCUGUCCAGCCUAAAGUGCAAAAGCCUUCGGUAAAGGUGUCCGCGACGCCCAAACCCCAAUUGGUUGUCAAAGCGCAGCCCCAGAAACCCGUCAAAGUCUCCAAUAUCCAGGUUAUUAAUCCCCAGACGAAAGUAUAUUCAAAACCUGUUGAAACAGUCGCACCGCAAAGACGAGUCAUCAGGGUAGCCCCAAUGGCUGGCAACCCUAGAUCAAUUUUGUUGCCAGUAACAAUAAAAGACAUGAAAGACUUGAAAUCCAUCAAGAUCAUCAACGCAGCAGAUUUGAAGAACUCUCCCAAUAUAAAACUGGCGGCGGCUAACCUUUUGUCCCAGAGCAAAAUACAAGACUUCAAAGUGGAGUCCCGGAGUGAUUAUGACUACGACCGGAGCAAUUGUGAUGACUCUGGAAGCGAGCGCAGCGAUGAUGACGACACAGAUCAGCGUGAGGUGAACGACGGACGCAACGGCUAUCCCCGUCUCGUUCUAACAGCCGAGGAGCGCCGACUGCUCGCGAAGGAAGGCAUCACGCUGCCGACCAGCUACCCUCUCACGAAGCAUGAAGAGAGAGAACUGAAAAGGAUCAGGCGCAAGAUCAGGAAUAAGAUCUCAGCGCAAGAUUCAAGGAAGAGGAAGAAGGAAUACGUCGACGGGCUUGAAGACAGGGUAAAACAGUGCACAGCGGAAAAUCAGACACUAAUUAGGCGAAUAAAGAUACUGCAGUCGCAGAACCAAACGCUCACCGCGCAACUCAAGCGGCUACAGAACGUCCUAACGGGCGUGACGACAGGGUCGUCGGGCAAGUCAGCGCAGCCGGCCACGUGCCUGCUAGUUCUGCUGCUGUCCGUGGCGCUGGUGGCGCUGCCGUCCAUGCGCGAGGAGCUGCGCGUGCCCAGCCAGCCGGCGGCCUCCAGGGCCGUCACCAGGGCGUUGCUGUCCGCCACCAACAAAAUGGCUUUGGACGAGACAGUAAUAGAUGACGGAGAAUUCAAUAUGGAGGAGUUGAUCACCUUCAACCGGCCCCACUCCGAUCACGACUACCAGGUUGUAAAGAACCUGGACACACAGAAGGUCCUCCCGGGAGGAUACGUCGAUCUCCCCAUAGACGAAGACUGGCCGCCCAAUUUGAAGAAACGCAUGAAAAAACUGGAAUUCGAUUACGAAGACGGCAAAGACUAUUUGCCGCCAAUCGUCAAGGAGGAAAACUAUGAACACUUCUAUAAAAUAGACAAAACACCCGAGGUCGACUACAACGCUGAUGAUAACGGAUUUCUGAGCAACACUCUUCUUUCUACCGGCAGGAAGCUCGGGGAACUGCUAGACAUAUUCCCGCCGAUUCCCGUCAAAAACGAAGACAUUCUAAUCGAAGAGAUCUCGGACUACGAAACCAGGAACAUCACCGAAGUCAAGAGUUUCAUUGUGAACGGCACUGAAUUCUAAACUUUUACAUAAAUUCUAUAUUUUUUUAUCCCAUAUAUUUUUUCUUGUUUCUUAUCCUUUUCAGAUGAAUAUUUUAUUAUUAUUUACAAAUUAUUUUAACGUUAGUUGCAAUGAAAUUAUUCCUUUUUAUUAUUAAGUGUCUCGUAUGUUUUAGUUUAGUUGUUUCGAGAAUAUCGUGUGGCCUAUCGUGUGUUAAAUAUGUACUUUCUUUAGUGAGAUUGAGAAGUAUGCUUUAUAUUAGUUUAAGUAUUAUUUCAAAAAGACGUAUGUUACGUCUGAAUGCAUGUCGAGUAUUUAUUACAGACUUCUAAAUUAAUAUAAUUAUUCAGAUACAUUUAUUUUACAAAUCAUGCUUUUGUUAUACAAUUUAGAAAGUAAGUUUUAUUAUUUUAAGCAUUUUCACGUUACAACUUGGUGCAAUUAUUUGUAAAACCUGAUUUCGUUCAGUGUUAGUGUAUUUAAGGUUCAAAUUAUAAGCGUUAGUUAUCGUUCCUUUACCUACUUAGAAUUGGUUCGUAAUGUCCUGAAACUGUUGAACUUCAGAUGUUAGUUCGAAUAAAAUGUGUAAGAAAUACAA